AUGGCGGGGGCUUCAGUGAAAGUGGCGGUCCGGGUCCGUCCCUUCAACUCUCGAGAGAUCGGGAAGGAGAGCAAGUGCAUCAUCCAGAUGACAGGGAACACCACAACGAUCCUAAACCCCAAACAGCCGAAGGAGAACAAGAGCUUCAACUUCGACUACUCCUACUGGUCACAUACCACGCCAGACGACAUCAACUAUCAUUCACAGAAGCAAGUGUACAAAGACAUUGGAGAGGAGAUGUUGCUGCAUGCCUUUGAGGGCUACAACGUGUGUAUCUUUGCAUAUGGCCAGACUGGAUCUGGGAAGAGCUACACCAUGAUGGGCAAGCAGGACCAGAAGGACCAGCAAGGCAUUAUCCCUCUGCUGUGUGAGGACCUCUUCACCAAGAUCAGUGACAGCAAUACUGACAACAGCUUGUCCUACUCCGUAGAGGUGAGCUACAUGGAGAUCUACUGUGAGCGUGUGCGUGACCUGCUGAACCCGAAGAACAAAGGGAACCUGCGUGUGAGAGAGCACCCCCUGAUGGGGCCCUACGUGGAGGACCUGUCCAAACUGGCCGUCACCUCCUACAACGACAUCCAGGACCUGAUGGAGUCUGGCAACAAGGCCAGGACGGUGGCAGCCACUAACAUGAACGAGACCAGCAGCCGCUCUCACGCUGUCUUCAACAUCAUCUUCACUCAGAAGAAACACGACAUGGAUUCAGAGAAUACGUCUGAGAAGGUGAGCAAGAUCAGCCUGGUGGAUCUGGCUGGGAGUGAGAGAGCUGACUCUACAGGAGCCAAAGGAACCAGGCUGAAGGAAGGAGCAAAUAUCAACAAAUCUCUAACCACACUGGGAAAAGUCAUCUCUGCUUUAGCUGAAGUGGACACGGCACCAAAUAAGAACAAGAAGAAGAAGAAAGUGGAGAACCAUAUCCCAUACAGAGACUCAGUGCUGACCUGGCUGCUGAGAGAGAACCUGGGGGGUAACUCUCGCACUGCCAUGGUGGCAGCCCUCAGCCCUGCUGAUAUCAACUAUGACGAGACCCUGAGCACCCUCAGGUAUGCAGACCGCGCUAAGCAGAUCCGCUGUAACGCUGUUAUCAACGAGGACCCCAACAACCGUCUGGUGCGUGAGUUGAAGGAGGAGGUGUGUCGCCUCAAGGACCUCCUCUAUGCUCAGGGCCUGGGAGAUAUCAUAGACAUGACCAAUGCCAUGACUGGGAUGAGCCCCUCUCCCUCACUCUCUGCUCUGUCCAGCCGCGCGGGCUCCAUGGCAAACCUGCACGACCGCAUCUUCAGCCCCGCCUCCGAGGAGGCCAUAGAGAGACUCAAGGAAACAGAGAAAAUCAUUGCAGAGCUCAAUGAGACAUGGGAGGAGAAGCUGCGCCGUACUGAAGAUAUCCGGAUGCAGAGGGAAGCCCUACUGGCUGAGAUGGGUGUGGCCAUGAGAGAGGAUGGAGGCACCGUGGGCGUGUUCUCCCCCAAGAAGACCCCUCACCUGGUGAACCUAAACGAGGACCCAUUGAUGUCUGAGUGCUUACUCUACUACAUCAAAGAUGGGACCACCAAGGUGGGUCGUGAGGACGCCAGAAGUCGCCAGGACAUCGUGCUCAGCGGCCAUUUUAUCCAGGACGAGCACUGCACCUUCAGCAGCACCACAGGCCCCGGGGGAGAAGGGAACGUCAUCCUGGAGCCCUGCGAGGGGGCGGAGAUCUAUGUCAACGGGAAACUGGUGACCACGCCUACUCUGCUUCGCUCAGGGAACCGCAUUAUCAUGGGGAAGAGCCAUGUGUUCCGCUUCACUAACCCGGAGCAGGCGCGACAGGAGCGGGAGAGGACGCCCUGCGCUGAGACCCCCGUGGAGCCUGUGGACUGGGCCUUCGCCCAGAGAGAGCUGCUGGACAAACAGGGCAUCGACAUGAAGCAGGAGAUGGAGUCAAGGCUUCAAGAGUUAGAAGAUCAGUACCGCAGAGAACGAGAGGAGGCCAGUAACCUUCUGGAACAACAGAGACUGGACUAUGAGAGUAAACUGGAGGCCCUGCAGAAACAGGUGGACAGAAACUCCCGUUGCCUGGAGCCCCCAGAGGAAGAGGAGGAGCCUGAGGAAGAAGUUCCAUGGACCAAGUGUGAGACGGAGCUUGCACUGUGGGCAUUCCGUAAGUGGCGUUUCUACCAGUUUACCUCCCUCAGGGACCUGCUGUGGGGAAACGCCAUCUUCCUCAAGGAAGCCAACGCCAUCAGUGUGGAGCUCAAGAAGAAGGUCCAGUUCCAGUUUGUGCUGCUGACCGACACACUGUACUCCCCACUGCCCCCGGACCUGCUGCCCCCCAGCGUGACCAAGGAGAGGGAGAGACAGCCCUUCCCCCGCACCAUCGUAGCAGUGGAGGUCCAGGACCAGAAGAACGGGGCCACACACUACUGGACCCUGGAGAAACUCAGGCAGAGGCUGGACCUGAUGAGGGAGAUGUACGACCGUGCGGCGGAGGUGCCUAGCAGCACUGUGGAGGACUGUGACCAGGCCCUGACCGGGGGAGACCCCUUCUAUGACCGCUUCCCAUGGUUCCGUCUGGUGGGCAGGGCCUUUGUGUACCUGAGUAACCUGCUGUACCCCGUGCCCCUGGUGCACCGUGUGGCCAUCGUCAGUGAGAAGGGAGAGGUGAAGGGCUUCCUCAGGGUGGCAGUCCAGGCCAUCUCAGCUGAUGAAGAAGCCCCUGACUAUGGCUCUGGUGUCAGACAGUCAGGAACUGCCAAGAUCUCCUUUGAGGACCAACAGUUUGAGAAGUUCCAGACAGAGUCGUGUUCUGGCAGCAUGUCCCACUCUAACACCUCCCAAGAGGAGCUCCGCUUUGUUGAGGGGGAGGGACAGACCUCUGACAUAGGAGCUGACCCUGACGAGGUCAACAACAACACCUGUGCUGCCACUCCGGAGGCCCCUCAGAGCCCGUUAAAGGGGGUUCUGGGUCUGGAACUACCCCUGGAGCUGAACCAGGAGAAGGCCCUGUCCCACCUCCGCAUCGGAUCCACUUUCACUUUCAGGGUCACCGUGCUGCAAGCCUCCAGCAUCUCUGCUGAAUAUGCCGAUAUCUUCUGCCAGUUCAACUUCAUCCACCGACAUGACGAGGCGUUCUCCACUGAGCCACUGAAGAACACUGGCAGGGGACCUCCUCUGGGAUUCUACCAUGUACAGAAUAUCACGGUAGAGGUCACCAAGUCGUUUGUGGAGUAUAUCAAGACCCAGCCCAUCGUCUUCGAGGUGUUUGGUCACUACCAGAAACAGCCGUUCCCACCUCUCUGCAAAGACCUCAUCAGUCCCCUUCGACCUUCUAGGAGGCAAUUCCCGAGGGUUAUGCCCUUGUCUAAACCAGUGCCGGCCACCAAGCUAAACACCUUGACUCGCUCCAUGGCAGGCCCAUGUCACUCCAAAUAUGACCUCAUGGCCUUCUUUGAGAUCUGUGAGCUGGAGGCCAACGGAGACUAUAUCCCUUCAGUGGUGGACCACAGAGGUGGCAUGCCUUGCCAUGGAACCUUCCUCCUUCACCAGGGCAUCCAGAGGAGAAUCACAGUUACCAUAGCACACGAGACAGGAAAUGACGUAGAGUGGAAGGAGGUCAAGGAGCUGGUGGUGGGGCGUAUCCGGAAUACUCCGGAGGCUGACGAGACCAUCAUUGACCCAAACAUCCUCUCCCUCAACAUCUUGUCUGCAGGCUACGUCUGGCCCUCGUAUGACGACAAUGUUUCCCUGGGAGUUGACCAUAGGACGUUUUACCGGUUUGAGGCAGCAUGGGACAGCUCCAUGCACAACUCCCUCCUUCUGAACCGCGUCACUCCCUAUGGAGAGAAGAUCUACAUCACCCUCUCAGCCUACCUAGAGAUGGAGAACUGCACCCAGCCGACGGUGAUCACCAAAGACUUCUGUAUGGUGUUCUACUCCCGUGACGCCAAGCUCCCCGCCUCUCGCUCCAUUAGAAACCUUUUCAGCACCGGCUGCCUAAGGCCCUCAGAGAGUAACCGUGUCACUGGAGUGUAUGAAGUCAGUCUCUGCCAUGUCGCUGAUGCCGGAAGUCCAGGCAUGCAGCGGCGGCGCCGGCGCGUCUUGGACACCUCAGUGGCAUACGUCCGUGGAGAGGAGAACCUGGCUGGGUGGAGGCCCCGUAGCGACAGCCUCAUCCUGGACCACCAGUGGGAGCUGGAGAAACUCAGCCUGCUGCAGGAGGUAGAGAAGACCAGGCAUUACCUGCUACUGCGGGAGAAACUAGAGGCCACCCUGGCCGCGGGGCAGGACGCGCUCUGCAAGAGUGGCGACAUCAGCGACUUUGCCAAGAGCCCCAUCCUCAGCUACAGCCUCGGGGGCAGUCCUGCCCUGGAAAGCCCCAGCCAGAGGCAAAGGGAGCUGGCUGCCAAGUGUCUGCGGUUGCUCAUGCACACCUUCAACAGGGAGUACAGCCAGGUGAGCAGCAGUGCCAGUGAGAGCAAGCUGUCUGAGAUGUCAGCGUUGCUGAUGUCACCGUCCUCCUCUGGUCUGAGCACGCUAACGCCGUCUUCUACUUGCCCCUCAUUGGUGGAGGGACAUUAUGACAUCAGACACAUUGAGCCCAGCUCUGGAGCUUCAACCCCAGACCUGGACCCCUUUAGCCCUGUAGAUAGGAAGAGGAUCCCGGGUAGAGGCUGCACUUUCGUCCCUGACAUCCAGGAGAUCCGCGUCAGCCCCAUCGUGUCGAAGAAAGGCUACCUGCACUUCCUGGAGCCUCACACCAGUGGCUGGGUGAAGCGCUACGUGGUGGUACGCCGGCCCUACGUCUACCUGUACCGCAACGAGAGGGACAAUGUGGAGCGCGCUGUCAUCAACCUCUCCUCUGCCCAGGUGGAAUACAGCGAGGACAAGCAGACUCUGCUCCGGACUCCAAACACAUUUGCAGUGUGCACCGAGCAUCGUGGAAUACUUCUCCAAGCCAGUAAUGACAAGGAGAUGCACGACUGGCUGUAUGCUUUUAACCCCCUGCUCGCCGGAACUAUCAGGUCUAAGCUCUCCAGAAGAAAGUCAGGCCCAAGGAUGUGA